GCAAACUGUCACAGUCUAUGGGGGAAAUCCAGAGUAAAUAUACAAGAAAAAAAUACAAGAUGUUCUGCACUGUGAAAAAUCUCAAAUGACGUGGACAGAAGCCAAAAUGCGACACCUGUACUGCCCAGGAGGAUAGUGUAAGAGAGAGAGAAAAGAAUCCAAGGAUCACCACCAAGACCAUCCUGAUGAAUCUGGACUCUGCUGAUGGCAACAUCUCAAGGCAGACAGUCCAAAGGACACUGCACACCGCUGGGUUCCACGGACGCAGACCAAGGAGGACGCCACUUCUCCAGAUAAGGCUCACCAAAGGCCUUGGCCUUUGCAAAUGCUCUUCUGGACAAAGAAGACAACUUCUGGUCUUCUGUUUUAUGGUCAGAUGAAACGAAAAGAAAACCUCUUCCAUGUUGUGUUUGACCUAGUAACCCAGUAUGUAAAAGCAAGCUGGAAAUAAUAUAUAUUAAAAAAAAUGAUGGCCCCCAGUGAUGUCAAAUGUAAAUCUGAUGAACCUAACAAGAAAAACAAGUUGGUUGAAGAUGCUCGGGUUCCGGAGCAGCUGGAGAACAUGGAAAAGAUGGUAGCAGGAAGCGGAGGAGGUCAUCUGGAAAUCAACAUGAAGUUCUUAACAUCGGUAGAAGAAAAAUCAAAUGAGAGAAGGAUGAAAGGUGUAGAAUUCAUAAACUUCUGCAGUUUUAUUUUCAAAUCCAUCCGGGUUUUCUGGUUCACUUCUGAGCUGGAGUUACUGCCGGUGUGGAAUUUCACACAUUUGCCCCGGGUCCGUUUGGGUUUCCCCAGGGUGUUCAACUUUCCACCGACUUCUGAUAAAUAUACAGGUCCAGAGACAGUUUCACCUAAAACAGAUACAGCAGCCCAAGAAUCGGCGCUGGAUCUAGUGGAGCUCGAGGAUCGGCAACGCAAACCCGAGUUAAAGUAUUUCAUGGGUUCUGCCCCUGUUCAUAAGGAUAUCCUGAAGGGUCUCCAAAGCUCUUCCGUUUUCCAAAAACAGCCCACAGAAGACUCCAUUUCAGAAUUAUUUACCCCAGAACUGGUUGAAACUUUUGCAGAGGACAGAAAUAAAGGAGAAUACAGGUUCAUCUGUCCUCAUGCUGGCCAGUUUAAGUGCAAAUUGACUAACCUUGUAUUUGAGAUGGAGGCUAAAGGGGAGGUGUUGUACAGUAUAGUGUCCUGGGAUCACAACGUUUUGGAUGGAUUAUUAUCAAAGGAGCCUGCAGGACCUCUGUACAGUAUAGAAUGCCUUAAAGGUUUAAUCCGUCACCUGCACCUUCCACACUGUGAGACCCGUACAGAUGUGGUUAAACUGACUGUGGCACAUUUGACUGACAGAAAUGUGGAGAUCAUUCAGCCGCUAAAAGUAACAGACACGCAUGUGAUUAUACAAGUUCACGGUCUCUCCCUCUUUGGUGUCUUGAAAGCGCUGCUGUUCCAAGCAUAUCCCACCAGAGCCCAAGUUUUACUUUUCUAUAAACAAUUGACUAGAAAUCACAUGAGGAAUAAACUGCACAUCCAUCUAUUGCCAGGGAAUGUGCCAGUUACAGAGGUGCAAAAGCAACAUGACUGUAACCAGUAUAUUGAGACCAGCUCCAAAUGUCAGCUAACUCCUGGUAAAACAUACAAACCAUGCUGUAAAACUACUGUUCGUGAAUAUGUGCCGCAGCCAGAGGAUGACACAUUUGAAUAUGACUUUGGCCCCAACUAUCACCCUACAUUCGAGGUGUUCUUUAAUACCAAGGUUGAUGUAGUUACAUUAAGUCUUGAGGAUGAAAAUGGCCAGGAGGUGUGGCGGCCUCGUCAGGUCUUGCUUGCAGGUACAGAGGCAGCAUCAACCAAACUGGAUCUAACAGAUGCUGACUUUGUGGACACACACCGAGAUAAGCUCAUUCAGAGUGUUGGUUCAGUAUUGGAGAUCGCAGACCAUCUAAUAGGCAGCAGAAUGAUUACUGAGGAAAUGUACAGUAACAUUCAGGCAGCGACAACACCGCAAGGUGAAAUGAGAGCGCUGUACUCGUGUCUUACCACAAAAAAAGUGAAAGAAGAAUUCUAUAAAAUCCUUCGAGAGAAACAGCCCUGUUUAGUGAUGGAACUGGAGUCUCCAUCGGAUCAGGAUUAGCAGAAAUACACAUUUCCAUUUCUGUUUGUGCAGCAGCAAUAUAUAGAUUAUAGAGGUUUCAUUAUCACAAUUGUGUGGUCAGCUGUGUUGCUAUGAAAUUUUCUAUCAAAUCACUUUCCAAACUGGUGCUACAAGAAAAGCUAACAUUUGUGAAGAUUAUAU